GCCUGGCCGGGGCCGUGUAGUUCUGGAGACCCAGGGAUCCUUGCGGGCCGCAAUGGUUUGUGCGCUGCUGUUCUUGGUCCCCGCGCUGUGGGCGCUGCUGCUCUUGGGCUUGUGGUUCUUCCUGCGGGCCGAUGGUGACCUGACACUGCAGUGGGCCAAGUGGCGGGGCCGCUGCCCAGAACAAGAGCUGACUGGCUCGGUGGUGUGGGUGACAGGGGCCUCAAGCGGAAUUGGUGAGGAGCUGGCUUACCAGUUGAGCAAACUGGGAGCGUCUCUCGUGCUGUCGGCCAGAAGAAAGCAUGAACUGGAGAGAGUGAAAAGACAAUGCCUGGAGAAUGGCAAUGUAACAGAAAAAGAUAUCCUCAUUCUGCCUCUGGACCUGAUGGACAGAAGCUCCCAUGAAGCGGCUACCAAAGCUGUUCUCCAGAAGUUUGGGAGAAUUGACAUUCUGGUCAACAAUGGAGGAAGAUCCCAACGUUCUUUGUGUAUGGAUGCCAGCAUGGAUGUCUUCAAGGAGCUAAUGGAAAUUAACUAUUUAGGAACAGUGUCCUUGACCAAGUGUGUUCUGCCUCACAUGAUAGAGAGGAAGAAAGGCAAAAUUGUGACUGUGAAUAGCUUUACAGGGAUUGUAUCAGUGCCUCUUUCCAGUGGAUACUGUGCCAGCAAACAUGCUCUGCGGGGUUUUUUAAAUUGCCUCCGAGCUGAACUUUUCGAAUAUCCAGGCAUAGUUGUUUCUAAUGUUUGCCCAGGACCUGUGCAGUCACAGAUUGUGAAAAAUGCCCUAACCGAAGAAGUUACAAAGAUUGUGGGCAAUAGUGGUGACCAGUCAUACAAGAUGCCAACUAGUCAUUGUGUGCGGCUGAUGUUGAUCACCAUGGCCAAUGAUUUGAAAGAGGUUUGGAUUGCAGAUCAACCUUUUUUGUUGAUAGCAUAUUUGUGGCAAUAUAUGCCAACCUGGGCCUGGUGGAUAACUAACAAGUUUGGAAAGAAAAGGAUUGAAAACUUCAAGAGUGGUGUGGAUGCAGACUCCUCUUAUUUUAAAUUCUGGAAGAAAAAACAUGACUGAAUGGAACACUUGCAGCUUCUAAGCUACUUCAAGGGAGAAGUUAAAAUCAUAUCCAUAGCAACCUGCCUAUGUUUUUCAAUACAAUUUUACUUUCAACAUGUAAUGAAUAAUAAAGAUGGCCAUGAAUCUUAUACUAAUACAUGCUAUGUUCUUGAAUAAACGAAUAUUGAAAAAUG